GAUGGGCGAAUGGCAGAGGAUUUUCCUGCAGAAUCUGACGCUCCCUCCACGCAGUCCGAGGAGGCGGAAUUUGCCGCCCCAGCGCUCGACGCCCUUCCGGUGCGUCUUGCGGAGCGUGCACGGGAACGCCCUGAAACAAAAAGCUCUGGAGAACGUGUCGGACGUGGAAUUCCAGCUGAGGCUUUCCCUCGUUGACGUUGCCCAUCACCACUUCUUCGGCAAGACUUGGAGAAGCGCCACGCGGCCUCUAAAAUCUGCACCGGGGCAGCUCCCCUCCGUGGUCUUCAACGAGACCGUUUAUUUCCACACAUCUUUGGAUCAUCCGAGCGUCCUAAUGGUCCUGGAGGUCGUGGCCACAGCCAGGAGGCCGGACGCAGCCGCCCAGGAACUCUCGUGCGGCUUCGGGGUCCUCCGUUUGUUCAACAGCAAAUCCGAGCCAGCCAAUUUGAACCUGGCAGGCAAAGGGCUCAGUUUGUAUCACGGGACCCCACGCGCUCUCUUGCACCCGAUGCUCUUGGAGCCAAUCGAGAAGAACAAGUGCUUGAUAGUGAUGGAAAACAGCCAGGUCCAGUGCACGUGUCAGCCCCACCCGCCCUUGGCGAUCACCUAUCAUCUUCUCCCGGAGAAUAUCCCCAUCUCCAACUUGCAGAGAAUCCCUGGGGUCUUAGCAGCACCCGAAGAAGACUUCUCACAGAAGCCACGACUCAUGAAGACGCUGACGUGGUACUUGGAGAAGCUGGCUGUCCACCUGUACCCUUCCUUGGAGAAAUUUGAGGAGGAGCUCUUGAGCUUGGUCACGAGCGAGCAGGGGAAUUCAAUCCUGGACGGGACCUCCCUCGCCAUACAGGAGCGCCGGCUGCACGUGGGGGUCCACAACGGCUUGUGCUUCGUGCAGUCCCCGCAGGUGGUGGUGGUGGUCCCGGUGGCGCUGCCAGAGGCCGACAGAGCUUGGGGAAGCACCGGCAGCGUGCGCCGGAGACAAGCGAGCCCUCUCAACGGCAGUGCCGAGGGGCAAGCUCUCAUCCUGCGAAGCCGCAUUCACCUGGCAGAGAUGGUGCAUCACCCAGCUUUCGGAGUGGUCUUCCUGUUGGAAUAUGUCUUCUCUGUUGCAAGUGGACCUGAUGGGAAGACUCCAUCGGUGACCUCGCUGACGACAGCAGCUUAUAUGCACUCUGUCCGCUGGGCCCUUUGGCACCCCGUGCUGGAUGCUGGCACUGCAGACGUGGUCCUUCCCUUGCGAGGCGGAGCUCAGCUGAAUCCCCAUCAUGUCUUGGUUUAUAAGACACCGCCGGCCACCAUGAGCUCCGACGAGGUGAAGCAGGUGGAAUCGGGCACCAUCGCGUUUCACUUCUCCACCAGCGACAACGAGCAACUCAGAGCCUCUGCAAAGGCUCCAGGCAUUAAGAGAGAGGAGCUGAUCCCCCCCAAGGCCAAGAGUCCCCCCGGCACGUCCCCCGGUUCACCUCCUUCCCUCCCGAUGCUGGUCUCCACUCAGGAUUAUUCUCAGGGCCCUGGGCUGUCGCUGUCCCAACUUUCGGCGUCUCCGACAAACAGGAGCACCCAUGCUCUGCCGUCCCAGUCCUCGGAAAAUCUCCAGCCGGCCAGAGAGCCGGAGAAACCCCAGGGAGCCAUCACUCACUUGGAGUCUGACCUCAGCUGUGACUCCCGGCUUGCGGAUUCCUCCAUGGUGGACCAGCUCCAGGAGAUGCCCUUUACGCCGGUCCAUGUGCCCAUCCUUGCCCUGGGAGGAGCGCAUUUGGGAAGCCUGAACACUGCCCCCACCCGGGCCUCUCUUGCCCGCCUGCGCGCGGCUGGAUUCCCCGAGCUUCUGGAUUGCAACAAGGAGCCAGUUGAGAUGGUGGAUCCCGCCGAUCCCACGCACUACAGCCCCCAGCGGGAAGGCGCCGACCUCUUGCAAAACAACGAAAUCAACGUGCAGUUCCUGGCGCUCAGCAGGCCUGCCCGGGACGGCCCAGCUACCUGGCCCCAAAGCGUCUACUUCACCCUCCAAUUUUAUCGGUUCCCCCCAGCCACCACGCCACGGCUGCAGCUGGUCCAGACAGAGGCCUCGGGGGCAGCCACCCACAUCUUGGUGCCGAUUAACCGAGACGGGACCCUGAAUCUCGGCUCCCCCGGUUUCCAUCUGAAGUACAUGGUGGACAUGGGCUUCCUGAAGCCCGGCGAGCACCACUGGUUUCUCCAGUACCUCGCCCAGAAUGCCCUGCAAAUAGAUGUCUGGGACGGAGACUCCUUGCUUCUGGUGGGAUCUGCCGCUGUGAAGCUGAAGCACUUGCUUCGCCAAGGCCGGACAGCGGUUCAGGUCUGCCACGAGCUGGAGGUCAUCACCAUGGAGUACAGACUGGAUGCCACCGUGAUGAGCGGAGAGGGGUUCCGGCCUUGGGGGGUGAAGCCCAUCGGAGUCCAUGCGGUCGUGAGGGGCCAGCUUCACCUCCGCCUGGCAAACAUUGGCCACCGGUGUGAACAGGGGCUGCAGAGGACACAGUCUUUGCCCCCCUCUCGGACACGGGUCAUCUCCUCGCAGGACGGAGCCAGGGGCUUCCCCGGGGGCAGUUUGCUCUCCAGGAAUGCCCGCAGGGCCAGAAACGUGUGCCAGGCCCAAAAGCUGGCCGAUGUGGACAGUGAGCUGGCCGCCGUGCUUUUCUCCCGCCUGCGUGAAGUCAGCGCAGCCUUCCAGCACACCGGCCACGAGGCCAGCAUCGCCCGACAGCGGAAGCUGGAGAGGAUGCUUUCCGUGAGGAAGAAGGAGUCCCAGGAGGGCAACUGCGGGAAGAGAAGCAGCUUCAUCCUGGGACGGCACGAGGACCGGGUUCAGCACUCAAGAGAUCUCCAGCUCAUCGAGGCUCACCGGGAGCGCAUCAAAGCUGAGAGCAUCACCUCCAUGCUUUGCCAAGCCAUCACCACCCACCACACCAUUUAUGCCACACUGGGCACGGCAGAGUUCUUUGAGUUUGCCCUGAAAAAUCCAUACAGCACCCAGCACACAGUUACCAUCAGAAUAGACAACCCGGAGCUCAGCGUCAUCUUGGACGUCAGAGAAUGGAGGCAUUUUAAGGAACUGACCCAAAUAGUCACACCACUGGAGGAGGACAUGUUCCAUCUCCAUGAUGGCCUCACUCCUCAGGUCUAUCUGCGUCCCAAGGAGACGGUCUACAUCCCCUUCAAAUACCAGGCCUUCUCCACCGAGCAGACGCCCACGACGCAGCAAGGUCCCCCUGUGCUGACAUUUAAGGAAGGCGAGAAGGUCCCCGCGGCCUCUGGAAAGCUCACCCAGACGGCGCGCAUCAAGGUCUCCUUUGCAGGCAGCAGUGGCAAGCCUCUCGCCAUCCUCAGCGUGAGCGUGGAAUCCCAGCCCCACGCGGUGGACCAGACCUUCCGUUUCUAUCACCCCGAGCUCACCUUUCUGAAGAAAUCCAUCCGCCUGCCUCCGUGGCACACGCUUCCAGGGCUGCCAGUGGGUGCUCCUGGGGGACAGCCAGAGAUGUUCGUGCGCUGCAGCGACCCCAACGUCAUCUGCGAGACCAAGAAGAUGGGGCCCGGGGAGCCACAGGAUAUCUUUCUGAAAGUUGCCGCGGGUCCGAGUCCACAGAUCCAGAGAUUCUUCGUGUUGAUUUACACAGACCCCUGGCUGGCUGCCCCGGUCCAGAUCUGGCAGUUCUACCUCCAUUGUCUGCAGUGGGUCGACGCCAGUUGCAUCCUGGGGCAGCUGACACGGCUCUCCCUGGUGCUCCGAGGGACCCACGCGACCCGCAAGGUGAAAGCCUUUAGCUCUCACCCACAGGAAAUGAAGCUGGAGCCGGACGGCGUCUUCGUCCUCCCGGCCAACGGGGUCCAGGACCUGCACCUCGGACUGAGGCCCCGCAGCGCCGGCAGCCGCUUUGCCUACCUCAACCUGGUGGACGUGGAAUUUCGCCAGCUGGUCUCCUCCUGGCUGGUGUCGAUGUCCUGCCGGCAGCCCUUCAUCUCCAAGGCGUUUGAAAUCGUCCUUCCUCCUGGGGGCGGGAAAGGAUCCAGCAAGAAGAUCACCUACGCCAACUCCUACCCGUCUCGGCGGACGUAUUUCCUGCACACCAACCAUCCGGAUCUGCUGCACUUCAAGGAAGACUCCUUCGAGGUUGGCGGAGGGGAGACACACACCAUCGGCUUGCGCUUUGCCCCGAGCCAGAACACCGGCGAGGAGGAAAUACUGAUUUACAUCAACGAUGCCGAUGGCAAGAACGAAGAGACGUUCUGUGUGAAGGUCACCUACCAGUGACCGAGCAUCUGGCUGGACGUGCAUCCUCGGCAGGGUCGUUUUUCUCCCUCUGGCCAUCCAUCAACUGUCCCUUGAGGCCCAGCCUUCUGCCCGUUGCCUCUGCGCCCCGGAACGGUCUUCGGAGCCCCCCACUC